GUCCCAACAAAAUACCUAACCCUGCGAUAACUUGCACAGUCUUGCUGUGUGAAUUGUGAAGGGACGAAGCAGUGCGUGUGGUUGUCAUCAGUGAUACUGAAUGCUCCCCACUCAUAACCGCGCUUGUAUUCCCUCAGACUCACUACGAUGCUUGGAAGGCAUGUAGAGAGGAAACAACAGCAGCACUAAAAAUGGCAUCGCUCCUCUCGUAUGUUCCGCUGGUCAAUAGGCUCGUGGCUUCGACCAAGCCACGGUGGUCCAUAGACCUCGAACCUGUCGAGGUGCACAAUGUCGAGGCAAACGCAGACAAGAGACCGCGCACGCUCAAGCAUCUCCUUAAAGCUAACCACGUCAACCAUUCCAUCAUCUACCAUAACCUACAGUUCGACAACCACAUGCCGCACAUUCUGUGCUCGGCAUACCAUCUCGGCGCCGAUCCCCAGCAGCUGUAUCGCAUUUACGAUGAGGAGGCCAAGGAGCUUGAGUCGUGGAAGGAGUCGCCCUCGGAAAUCGUCCAGGACGACUGGCGGGACUAUCUGGGCGACAAGAGAUACCAGCGCGCCUACGUAGAUUUCUUUGAGGAUGCCCUGGCAAUGAAGUAUGCGUACGACUGGAAGAAGGUGGUCGACGAGUAUAUGUUCAAGGGGGACGAACCCCUAAUCAACGGUCUCAUUGGCGGCCUCGGCCACCCCCUCAUCCACCUCGGCUACGCCUACGAGUUUGACUCGCGCGAGAUUGCCAUGGAAGCUCUGGGCCUAGCCGCCACUCAGCACAACUUUCUCCACCAAUACAUUGACGAUCCGUCCUAUACCAAACCGGCCCCUUUCUCCUCGGCCUCCCCGCUCGAGCUGCUGAACAAGCUCGCCUCGGACAGCCGCUUCGACGGGCUCUUCAAGGAGCCCGGGUUCGGGAACAUUGAUCCGCUCUUCCAGAAGCACGAGCCUCUCGUGUUGGAAUAUUGGAACGCUUGGGACCUCUCAACCGCGUCCAUGAGCCCGAUGGAGCAAUUCCGCGAGUCCCAGGAGGCGGCCGUGGCGAUGCUGGUGGCCACGGUACCGCCCGGGACGCACGCCUACAACUUCUUCGUGGUCCACGUGCUGACGACGAGCCACGCCGUGAGAAUCCUGCUGCCGCUGGUGCCGGUCAAGUUCCAGCUGCCCUUGGUCAGGCAGUGGUGGCUGCUGGCUCUCGCAGUGUAUAUCGCCGUGCUAAGGCCUAAGAUUGAUCCAGAUUACGUGCCUGGUGAAGUGAAGGGGAGGGUCUGGAGGGAUGUCGAGUCGAGGGCGCUCACAUCGGAAUGGGCGACGGAUGGGCAUUUUGUCAAAGCGAUUCGGGCCAUGAGAGAGGCCGCGAGGACCUGGGGUGACGUCCAUGAGAGGUAUCUGGCGGCUGCGGUCAGGUUCGCGGAUGAUUUUGAAGGCUGGACAUUUUGAGAUGUAUGCGGUAGGAUGAACAUGAUGACAGAAUGCAUGUAUAUUCAAAGUAGGAAAUUCUCUAUACUUAUAAUGGAAAGAGAUGUGAGUC